AUAGGACUCUGUGCUGUGUUGUUUGUGAACGUUGAGACAGGACUCGUAGUUUUUGUGAUUGCCGAUCUAUCUACUCGAAGCUACCGAUAUGUCAUCAGAUAAGCACUGCUGUGUCCCUGGAUGCAAAGAAAGCGGAGGGAUGCACCAAGUCCUUCAUGGGUUUCCGAACAUGGAAAGAGACCGACAACGCUUCAAUACAUGGUUGUAUAAAAUUGGAGGUGAUAUUGUGGGCCUUGAAAAUGAGCGCAUCUAUAAGUAUCGCCGUGUGUGUCACUCACAUUUUGAAGAAAAGUAUAGAUGUCGCAAUAAUAGAAUCAGCAAUAUAGCAGUGCCAACCUUAAAUAUGCCAGCUUGGUUAUCAUUACCACACACUAAAUAUACAAAUGUUGAAAGAAAGCCAAUGAAGGAUGUUACCAAUGCGACAAAACCAUUGUUGUCGACAGGUAUCGAAUCACAAUAUCAACAUGAACACUUAUUGUAUGCAUCAUCUUCGAAGCAUGUACACAGCUUUGAAAGACAUGCCAUGCAAAAAGUGAGGAUCAUGAUGAAGACUCUGACAACCUCUUCAGAAGAAGCUCCCGAACUCUCCGCUUGAACGUUACUCGAGUAGACAGCAUCCUGACAUCGGUGGGGAGCGCGUUCCACAGCAAGAUAGAUUGGAUAAAAAAAGAAGAAUGAAGAAGUUUUGUGUGAUGCGUAGGACACUGAAGGAGACGGUUAUUAGAAGAGCGUAGAUAUUUGCUGUGGUUGGCGCACGUGUAUUGAAAGAGAGAGGAUAGAUAGCUAGGCGAAGAAGGUGAAUCGAGGAAGGAGAAAUGUGUGGUAAGCGCCCUUUGCUCCCUGCGCUGGCGUAUGGGCAGCCACUGUAAUUGCAACCGAUGUGCAGAAACUAUUAAAUAUUUAUGUUAUGUUAACUUCUU